ACGCGCCGUCUUGAUAACCAGCUGGUAUAUAUAAGAGUGAUAAGACAGUCUGCCAACUAUAACGGUGUCUUAUUGUACUCUACAAGGACAAAAAACAAUCAUGUUGAGAAUCUUAUUCGUGGUGGCUUCUUCGCUGGCUUUGGCCACAGCCCUCCAAUUCACAGACUGUGCCACUGAUCCUUCAAAUACAGCCCUGACAGUUCACAGUUUAGAUAUAUCCCCAGCUGUAAUUGUGUUUCCGGGACAAAUUCGUAUCAGCACAAACAUAACAGUUAACCAACGAAUUACUCACCUAUUUAUUGAUACAGUUCUUGAAAAAAAUACGCUUGGAGCAUGGACAAAAAUUCCUUGCAUAGGAUCAACAAAUAUUGGAUCAUGCCAAAAUAUUGAUUCUUGCACUAUAUUGGACAAUAUUCUGAACGGAUCAUCCGUCGUAUCCCAGGAUUUUGGCCAACAAAUCGAUGCCAUUUUGUUGAAGGCGUUAGGACACAAAGCUUCGUGCCCAAUAAGUCCCGAGUCAGUGGUUAUUAACAAUGAGUCUCUUACUCUACAAGCUCUACCAUCAACUCUUAGUCUGAUUUCACAAGGAAAAUACAGAGUGACAAUAUCCGUAAAAGACGACCCGACCAACCCCGACAACCUUGGAUGUAUACAGUUCCAGGCUGAAAUAGCCCGACAUGUUGACCCGAACCAGGUUGGCUAGGACUUUGAUUGAAAACACAUCUUUACAUACACACAAUUCUGAUCAUCAAAUCUGCAUUUGCAAAUAAACUGUUUACUAAUUUUUAUGUCGUCCUUAUUAUAUAGUGUAUCACGUGCCAAAAGUGAAAACUGUUAUAGUAUAAAUGAAAAGGCUUAAAAGUAAAACAUAGUCGGUUAAUGUCACUAAAAAUGUUAAGAUCAAUGUGAUUAGGUAUCAUUAACCAAUCGAAUAACUUGUACAAUGUAUCUUCACAGCUAUAUAAAUAUACCAGAUGUGUUUUAACUAUUAUUUCAAUUUAAUUUAAGUACCAACAAUGGCGUGACAUUUAUUCUCUCAACUGUUUUGCAAUUUUUAUAUGUAAAAAACGUGUAAUAAAUGAAAUAAUUUUUUUUUACUAUUGUACAA